AUGGCCAAGCGCGCUCAUAAGAUAGGAUCGCUGCUGUUCUGCCCAGACUGCGGGACGCUGCUGAACCUGCCGCAGGACGGGGACGCGGUGGUGCAGUGCGAACAAUGUGGUCACGAAGAGCCGGCUAGCUCGUACGAGAACAUCGAGAUCGUCACGCGUUCACAUCCAGACGCGUUUCCCUCUCCGCUGAGACAGAAGAGCAAAACACAGACCAAGGUACAUGAAGCCAACGAGGCCUUACUCAAGGUUACGGAAAAGUGUCCCGAGUGCGGACACAUGGAGGCAUAUUCACACGAAGCUCAGCUAAGGAGUGCGGAUGAAGGAUCCACCAUUUUCUACACUUGCGUGAAGUGCAAGUACGGUUGGCGCGUGAACAACUGA